AUGGCGCUCCUCGACGAGCUCAUUGCGUCGGUUGUCGCCGAGACGCGCUUCAAGGACGCAUCUUACUACCCCUGGCGCAUCCGCGACGGGAUGCUUGGCUCGAUCAAAGCGUCCUCGCCUGAGAAUGUGACAACCGACGACCAAAAGACUCUUGCGUCGGCCAUGUCACACGAAGUCGAUGGCAAAAUCUAUUAUGCGUACAGCCUCAUCUUUGCCUACACGGACGAGCCGUUCACGACGCUGCAGCCCGAGACCCUCUUCCACGCGUCGCGCUCUCUCCUCAACGUCUUGGGGAAGGAGAAGCCGCCGCCGGGCAUCUCCAUCGCACGCAUUGCGUUCACUUUGGCGCAGCACGCGCAACAACUCGAAGCGUUCAAACUGGCGCACAUGAUGUACGAGCGGCUCCAGACGAUGCGCGUCCGGCCCGAGUGGCAGCGAAUGAUCAACCUCACGAACAUGGUCAUUCAAGCCAAGCCGUAUUCGGACUGGGACGACUUACUACCGAUUGAGUAUCGGUCGUCGACGACCAACCCACUGCUGCACCCGACGAGCGUCGGCGACGUCUGCGUCAACUCGGCCCACCCGUUCGUGCGGUCGUUUCUGUCGUUUGACAACGUGCCGCUGGUUGAGUUUGCGCCGACGCCCGACUUGAGCGACGACGAGGCGAUGGCACUGAUCGAAACGUUGCCGUCGAUGCAGCAUGGUAAGCAUGGCAACAACAACGACAAGUGGAAGACCUCCUAA